AUGGGGUUGAACGCCGCGGCACUGUCGACCGUUCUGGGUGCAUUCGUGGCGUGGAACACCGUGGCGAUGCUGUUCUGCUGCGGCGCCAACCUGGCCGGCCUGCGGUACCCGCCGAAGUGGGUGAAGAUUGUCUUGAUUUGGGGUCCCUGGAUCAUAAUGGCUGGUUACGGUAAGCUGUACUACACGACGAUGCUGUACGCGUUCUACAAAGUCUACGAGUCGACCGGAGGCAAAGCGUUCGAUGGGGUAGCCGAGGUCCACGCGGCUCCUGGCAACCUGAGCCUAGACGGUGGUCACCCACCGACCAGGCCACAGCGCAGCAUCCUGCAGCCCGAGAUUGACCCGGCUAUCUUCCAUGACCCGACGCCGAUCAUUGGCCGAACACCAGCUAGUGGCCUGUCUCCCGUCGCUCCGUCACCCAUGCAUCCGCAAAUGCAGGCCCGGUUGCCACGCUUCGUUAUCACGCCCCUAUCGGCGUCGCCAAACCAUCCUAUGCAGGAUCCGCGGUCAUACGCAUACCCGGCGCCCAUGGGGGCCGCUUCCGUAUCGCCAGGCCCAAUUCUCGCUGGGCCAGAGUUUCGCCCGAACCAGCAACGCCUGACGUCCAGCGGUCCAACACCCACCGCACUGACGCCAAGCACGCCAACACCCAUCGCCCAGACGACGCCCCGCGGUUCGACGUCUAGCGGGGGGACGACGUCCAGCGCGUCUCGGAGUAGCGGCGCUCGAGCCCCACCGACGCUCGAAGCGGCUUCACCGGUCUCGAGGACACCGACGGCGAGCGGCGCGGUUUCCACGGCGCCGGCGACGCCGUCCCAGCGGUCUACCCCCGCUGGUCCAAUAACGCCGCGGCCUAACGGCGCCGAGAACCGCGUGGCCGUCGGCGUCAGGACCAUGCCCAGCGCGCAGGAGGUGCCCCCUUCGCGCGUCAUGAAGGCGCGACGCCCAGUCCCCCCGCCCGCGGGGACUCGCAAAAGCAAGAAACGCCGUUGA